UUUUAUCCAACUGAGAAGCUAAGGCUUAAGUGACAUCUAGGUUUUCUUGCGUUUCUCUUCCGUCUUCGGAUUUCUGUAGAGAAGCAACGCUAGCAGCAUAUCUCAGAUAAUUUGUAGUGCUGGGACCUGAUCCUGUAAUUCUCGAAAUUGGAGAAAAUGACUAAAAGGAAGAACCCACUUGUCUUCCUGGAUGUAUCUAUUGAUGGAGAUCCUGCUGAAAAAAUGAUAUUUGAGCUCUUCCAUGAUGUUGUUCCGAGGACGGCUGAAAAUUUUCGAGCACUCUGUACAGGUGAAAAAGGAAUUGGCUCUACAACUGGAAAGCAUCUACAUUACAAAGGAUCUUUUUUCCAUCGAAUCAUUAGAGGAUUCAUGGCUCAGGGUGGUGAUUUUUCCAGGGGAGAUGGUACUGGUGGAGAGAGCAUAUAUGGGGGGAAGUUUGCAGAUGAAUCCUUCAAGCUUAAUCAUGAUGGACCUGGCCUUUUAUCCAUGGCGAAUGCCGGUUCCAACACCAAUGGUUCUCAAUUCUUCAUUACCUUCAAGGCUACACCACACCUUGAUGGGAAGCAUGUUGUUUUUGGAAAGAUUUUGCAAGGAAAGGAAACAUUGAAGAAGAUUGAACGUGUGGGUACUGAAAAGGGAAAACCUGCUGCUCCAGUUAAAAUCAUUAAUUGUGGUGAACUCCAUGAGGGAAAGAAUCAUGGAACAGCUAUGAUGGAGAAUGAUAAAAAGAGAACAAGUAAAUCCAAAGGAGGGAAAGAUGCUUCCGAUGCUGAUAGUCCUGAAGUAAGACGAAGGGGGAAAGACAAGAAAUCAAGAGAGAGAAAGAGGAAAAAGAGAAGAAGAUAUUAUUCAUCUGAAUCGGAUACUUCAUCAGAUACUGAAAGUGAAACAUCUGAAUCUGAUAGUGACUCAGAUUCAUAUUCAUCAUCAUCAUCUGAUAUUAGCUCUUCAAGUGAUGACAGACGUAGGAAAAGAAAGAGGUCAUCUAAGAGAGACAAGUAUAGACAUGGGAAAAGAAGAAGAGAUAAACGGCGUGAAAAACGGCGGAGAAGGCGUGACAAGAGACCAAGGCGCAGAUCAAAAAGAAGGAUGUCAGAUAGUUCCAGUGACACUGAAGGCAGUACUAGUGAAAGCAGCUCGGAGGUUGAUGGGCCUGAUGCUCCCAGGCAAGCACGGAAAUCGAAAAGCACUUCUCAGAUGCCUGCUACAAAUCAAUCUCCUUUAACCAAGGAGGAGGGUGCUGUUGCUCGCCAGAAGAAAUUUGAAGCAACUGAUAUGGUUGAACAUGAAGAUGAAUCCCCAAGGGAAAAUGGGGAGCUGCAGAGCAAUGGAAUUCAGGAAACAGCUAGAACUGACAGAAGUGCAGAUAGACAGCCUGAUGUAGUGGAUGAUCGGCCAAGCAAAUCUAGGAGCCGGAGCAUGAGCCCAAAAAGGACCAUGAGUAAGAGUAUGAGUAUUAGUCCUAGGAGAAGCUUGAGCAAGAGUCCAAGUGUGAGCCCCAAGAGAAGCAUGACCAGGAGUCCAACACCAAGUGCUGAUGGAAGUCCCAAACGGGCAUCGCAUCGAAGCAGGAGUAUUAGCAGAAGUCCAGAUAGAAGAAGCGUUAGUAGUGGGAGUCCUGCUAGAAGAAGUAUCAGCAGAAGUCCUGUGAGGAGCAAACUGGAGAGAAGCAUAAGUAGGAGUCCAAUAAGAGCUCGACAACAAAGAAGUGUUAGCAGAGGCUCAAUGAAGUCUCUUUCACAAAGAAGCCCUAGCCAGACUCCUCCAAGAGCUCCCGCCCAAAGGACAAUAAGCAGAAGCCCUGUUAGAUCUGCACGGAGGAGUGUAAGUAGAAGCCCUGUUAGGUCUGUACGGAGGAGUGUAAGUAGAAGUCCUGUGAGGUCCCCACGAAGAAGCUUGAGUAGGAGCCCAGUGAGAGGUCCCUCUCGAAGAAGCAUUAGUAGAAGUCCAGUAAGAGCGCCUAGCAGGAAUAAUCGCCGCAGCUAUUCAAGGAGUCCUGUGAGCCCUGGGCGCCGCAGGAGCUUGUCAAGAAGUGUUUCACCUGAUGAAUCUCCCAAGCGUAUACGGAGGGGACGGGGUUUCAGCCAGAGAUAUUCUUAUGCACGGCGAUAUCGGACACCAUCUCCAGAUAGGUCUCCUGUUAGGUCUCGCUAUAGUCGUGACCGAUAUGCAAGCUAUAGGGGCUACUCUGAUCGAUCACCUAGGCGUUAUAGAAGUCCUCCAAGAGGCCGAACUCCUCCAAGAUACAGGAGCAGAAGAAGCAGGACACGUAGCCGUAGUGUGUCUCGCAGUCCGAUUCGCUAUCGGGGGAGAGGCCGUUAUAGUCGCAGUCCAGUGCGUAGCAAAUCUCCUGUUGAAAAAUCUAGGUCCCGUGGGUCCUCAAGAGCUGAGAAACGAAGAUCACCUUCUAGGAGCAGGAGCAGGAGUAGGAACCCGGCCUUGUCAAGGAGUCCAGAUUCCUCACCCUCACCUAUCAGGCAUGCAAGCAAGGAUGGAUCCAGAUCAUCUUCUGGUAGCCCCGAUGGAAAGAAGGGCCUGGUUUCUUACGGAGAUGGUUCUCCCGAUUCAGGGCAGAGGUAGAACUAUGUGCAGAGUUGGAAAUUAAAGGCUUAUGUGUUUAGUGGAGAGUGGAUGGUUUCUCCCUCUUACCUUGCCGCAGAGAAGCGCUACAAGGCUAUUUCGCUACUUAUCGGCUUUAGCAUGAUUAGUGGUUACGGUUGAUAUAGUUUAGGAUGAUAACUUUGACGUUGAUAUUAAAUUGUUGUAAUUGAGAGUGUUAAUGGAUAAUGGAUUCCGGCCUUCCAUGUUUGAUUUUCUGGACAGGCUUAGACUUUGUGAUAUGGAAGACCUAUUUUAACGUAGUUUUUAUGGUAGAUCGGAUUCUUGGAGAUUGUUCAAAUUA